AAGAAAGGACAGUUAAAAUAUCUGCCGACUUUUUUUUCUUGCAGAAAUACACUAGAUGGAGAGGCUGGUAAACUCUCUGGGAACCUUCACGAGGAAAAAAAGAAAAAUUAUGUAAAGAAACCUUUAAAUGCUUUCAUGCUCUUCAUGAAAGAAAUGCGGGGCAAAGUCGUGUCUGAAUGCACGUUAAAAGAAUCGGCAGCUAUUAACCAAAUAUUAGGUCGCAGAUGGCAUGCAUUAGACAGAGCGGAGCAGGCCAAAUAUUAUGAAAUGGCGAGAAAAGAAAAAGAAUUACAUAUGCAGCUGUAUCCUGGCUGGAGCGCCCGAGAUAAUUAUGCCUGUCACACGAAAAAGAAGAGGAAGAAAAAGGACGGUACCCCCAGCAAGGGUAUUCUGUAUUGUCUUGCAGACUGUAGCAAUCCUAAAAAAUGUCGAGCUCGGUACGGGGUAGAUCAACAGAACCAGUGGUGUAAACCCUGUCGGAGGAAGAAGAAAUGUAUUAGAUACAGGGUGGAUGAGGACGGCAAUGAGUAUUUUUAUGAUGGCGAUGACAUAUUAAGUGACAGUUUUGCUAACGAGGACUCGGUGAACGACAGCGAUUCCAUGACAGGAAGUCCCAUGUGUCACUCGGUGACCAGUGACGACGCGUUCUCCUCGCCAUCAAAGACUUUCUGUCGAAACUCACCCUCUCCAUUAAAUCUUGCUGCCAGGGCUGGUGGGCGACUGGAUCUGUCGACGCCGAGUGACGACAGGAAUGGACUGUUACAUAAUGCAGGCCAUCAGAGGUCUGGGGAGUUGGAGGAAGCAUGUCAGGAAAUGGACGAUUUAGAUGUUACCCUUACAUCCACCCCUGUCAAAUCGCAUCAUCGGAAUAAUAACAUACCAGUCACUUAAAGAUACAAAACCAUGGGAUCAAUGUUUUUAUUCUGUAAAUAAAACAUAUAUUUCUAUUUUUAAAUCAAUAUCAUCAAUCAUUAGGUGUGAAAGUUUUUUCCUUUCAGAUGAUUUGUAAAUAUCAUGAAUGAAUUCUCUCCUUGUUCAUGAAGCUGCUGAACGGCAUAAUAAGCAAUUGAUCUCGUGCCAUUUAGUGUGUACCUCAUUUCUCAAAGAGUACACUAUUUCCGUCUCAGUGCACAUGCUCAAGCUUCCCAGACCACAAUCCUCUGCACAACAUGGAAUCUGUGUGUGGAUUUUUAAAUGGACCCAUAUGAACAAAUAUUUUCCUCUGGUGAGUUGGAGGGAAUUGUGAUUGUGAUUACGUAGAGAGAAUUAUCACAUAGAAAACCAUGCCUUUUUUAAAUGUGAGGUCGUGUGUAACAGUUGUUCAUACUAUCAUGAGAUUUUUGUUUUUCUUUUUAUAUAUAAAUCUAUCUAUUUUAGGAUAAAUGAUACAAAAUAAGUUCAGAUGUUUGUACAUGAGAGUAGAACUGAACUUGCCUUAACAUGUCCAUUUGUUGUGAUGUCUGAAUUAUCUCCCCUUCACUGUUGCUGGUGUAGUAUUACUAUGAUAUGUGUAUUUUAUUUGAGAAGUCGUUAACUAUACACAAGUAGUCAAUCCAUUUAUCACUUUUUCAGGUUUAUAUAGUCUUACUCUCUUGAUGUUUUCAGUAUUUUUUCUUUAAAACUGUGUAACUUUUAAGAAAUGUAAUGCAUUUGUUUUUCUCUGUCUGUUAUUGUACUGAUUUUCAGUUCAGAGUUAUGCUCCUUUCUUUGACCUCCAAAAUUUGAUACAGCAUCUCUGUAUAUUGAAUUUCACAGUAUAGAAAUAUUGAUUUGUGAUAUUUUCUUUAUUAACUACUUACAGAGAUCUAACGACACAAAUUUAUAUAUUUGUAAAGGCAAGUUGUAUGUUUCGUAUUCCAUCCAUCCUGAGUAAGUUGUCAGUAUGCGAAUUUCAUAUAGUGGCUUAGUGUGUGAAAAUCUACCCUGUUGUAGUGAUGUUUGCAAAGUUUUAUUCGUGACAGAGAAUUAUUAUUUCAUAUUAAAUAUUGUCAGGUAAUGAAUGAUACUGUUGACCACAGGAGAAUUAAUUUGGUGCAUUUUAAAGACAUUCUCAAGUGGUAUCAUUUAUUUAUUUUAUAGUAUCACUAGUUUAUAACAAUCUACAAAUGCACCUAUUUUAUAUACAUGUACUAGAAUGAAUGCAUUUAGACUGAAUAUCCAGGGGAGGCAUUACUUUGGAAAGAGGAGAGGGGUGGGUGGGUGGGACUGAUUUCACAUUGGAGCAGCAAUAUUCAAACCACAUUUGCAAAGCUGAAAUGUGAGCCAUUCCACAAUCGACGUACACAAUCCACACAACCUUCACAUUUUGUAAAACACAUUGUACAGUUGUGUAAAUUCUCAAAGAAUUUAUGUAUUUCAUUUAUUCCUUAAAUAUUUAAUUGAGCCCAAAGUGAACAAAACUUUACAUAGGUUGUAGAGUCCAAUGUUUUGUGCGAUUUUUUUUUUUUUAAUGAUUUAAGCACUUUUAGAAGAAAAAUUCUUUUUGGAAUUAAAACAGCAAAACUGCAGCUUUCUUUUAAUCUAAAUGUUAUUUUUGAAUUAAUGUCAUAUGUUUAAAAAGUGCAAUACUCGAUAUUCAGAUUUAGUAUACAUGAUAUAUUGAAAAUGACAUUUUAAUUUACCCAUGAAUUUCUCAUAUUGUUGUCAUCUGUCAAACUUAAUAUGUUCAUUUCAAGCAGAAAUCGUAUAUAUUUUUUAAUCUAAGAAAAGUUGAUGAGUUAUGAAUGUGGCUGUAGAAAUCACUUUGCAAAGAAACCUAAGUAAUUUUUAAAAUAUAUGCUGUUCAGAUUGAGAACAUGGACAGAGGAAGAUGGCCCGGGCUCGAGAGUGGCACUUAAAAAUACGAGAGCUUAGUCUGCUUUUUAAAUGAAUUAGUUCCUUUUGUUUAUUUUCUUUCGUCACAAAGUGACAUCAAAAUCCAUGUUUUUAUAGUGCUAUUUUAAGCAGUAUAUUUGUUGUUUGAUUUGCACCAAAUAGUAUGAUGUACUUUUCAUCAACAAGUUACGACUUCCAAUUUACUUUGCAUUUAUUAUCUCCCUUCCCCCUGCUGCAAAGUGAUUAGGUAGUUUGAUAGUUCAUUUUUAAAAGAUUUUUUUCCUGGGUAACAUGUAUACAAUGUGCUUCAAGAGUUGUAUAUAAUGAAUUUCAGAAAUUUAUAUGUAGAUACAUGAUUAGAAUAAUGACCAUUAUAGAAGUAAAUUUAAAGUUUCCAUUAUUGUACGUUUUAGACUAUUUAAAAAGAAAAUAAAUUAUAUGACAUAUUUUGCAUAUAUUUCAGAAAGAGAAGAUUUCUUUUCGAUCUCUGUACCCACAAACUUACACAGUUGUAGAAUUUGGUGUAGUUCGUGAUGUAACAAAAUAUUUUAGUGAAAGUUAACAAAAAUUCAAACUUCAACACUCGUGUAACCUAUCUGUUGCCCAACACAGGCUGUAUGAAGAUGAAGUGUAUGCAUGUGUUUGCUUGUGAAGCCAAAAUUGUCGUUUUAUGAUUUUGUGUCAUUUUUUUUUUUUUACUGCCGAAUUUUUUGUUAAUGAAUUUUAUCAGCUCUGUUUUUAACUACUAGAUUGUAUGUGAAUAGCAAACCAAUGUUUACAUCAUUUUGUGUUGCAUAUAAGACAAAGAGUUGUAUAUCUAGUUGAAAUUGUUCAACUAGAACUGGUGCUUAUUAUUUCAUUUGCUUUUUCACCUCUGAGGUAGCAUUGUCCUGAUAGAGGUGUCCUUGACAUUUCCUAGGUGUCACUCUCGAUGACUUAUAUGACAUCUUUUUGAUACAUUUGACUUGUGUAUUUAUAUGUUAAAGCAUUUCUUGUUUCUGUAAUAAACCUAAAUUGAAACUGAA